UCCUCGUCCCCCUAAUCUCUCUAUCUUUUCCAUAUCUAUCGAUCGAUCUUCGCUCGAUUUAUCUACAGCCUCGUCGCGGGUUUGUUUGUGAUUCACGGGUUUGGUUCUCUCCUUUUGCCAAGUCUAUCGUGGCAUUUUGCGAGCCCUUGAGUGACGUCUUUUUCUUUUUUCUCCCCUCGAAACGCGCCUGCAACGUGGCUGCCGUUGGCGUCGCAUCUUAAAAGUUACUUAAGACUCGAGAAUUCUUAUAAGAGCCUCAGUCACCACCCCUCGAGGCACCAUCCUCUUAUUCCCAAGGCACCAAUAUCUUAUCAUCCCUAAUCAUCCAUCAUGGUGCGAUCUCUUCCAAAGAGAAACAACCCUCUCAUCCUCGCAGACGAGGCGCCAGUCUACGAUGAACUUCUUGCGCGCCGUCGUCUGGGAAAGACACAUCUCGCCGUGAAGCCCACCCAGAUUGGGACAUCUAAUGCGACCAAGCCAGAGAACUUGGGACCCUUUGAAUAUGCUCAUCUACGUGCGCCUCUGCCCAGAGACCUCAAGGGCUCCGAGAUUUUCCCCUCGCACAGCCCCCAGCAGCACCCAGAGACUUAUUUCCUGAUGCGACGAAGCAAAGAUGGUUUUGUGAGCGCCACUGGAAUGUUUAAGAUUGCCUUUCCCUGGGCAAAGCUGGAGGAAGAACGGACUGAGCGAGAAUAUUUGAAGGCGAGAGAUAACACCAGCGAAGAUGAAAUUGCUGGAAAUGUCUGGAUCUCCCCCAUUCUUGCCCUUGAAUUGGCAAGAGAAUAUAAGAUGUAUGACUGGGUCCGCGCCCUCCUCGAUCCCACCGAGAUUGUCCAGAGCCCAUCGAGCGCGAAGAAGCAAAUUGCCCCGCCUCCGAAAUUCGAUCUGCCACCAUUGGAUGCACCAGUCGUGCCACCUCCCCAAUUCUCCCCUCCCGCGAUGCGCACUAGAAGCGGCCGAUCUGCCUCUCCCAGCAAGAGACUUGCCUCUCCACGCAAGCCCAGACAAACCAGGGCAAUGAAGGAAGCUAAUGCCGCCGCCACCAGUGCUGCAAAUGCAAGCCUUCAGUCUUCAUUGGAUAUUACCGCCGAAACAGCCGAUUCUGGGUCGGUUAAUGAAACCGUUCAUCAAAGCGUGGAAGUGGAUGAGGAAGUGAAGCCAAAGUCGACUCCGAAAUCUAAUAAGGCUACCGCAGAUGCUCCUGCUGCCAGUGAGGAGGUUGCUGAAAAGGAAGAGGUCAAGGUUGAUGCCGAAUCCAGCAAAGACACAAACAAAGAAGUCGAAACUACUAAGACCACCGUUUCGAUCGAGAUGCCCAUUAGCCUCCUCCCCGAUGCACCCUCUACCGAAGAUACCGAGCAGAUGAUCGCCAAGGCGAAGGAGAUGGUUCAGGAAGCUGUCAAGCAGCAAACAGAGGAAGAACCCGCAGAGUCGACGUCGCCAAAGGCUGCCAAGAAGCGCAAGACAGACGCGCUAAGUGAAGAUGAAGAUGAUGAGGAGACAAAAGCUGAGCGUGUCCAGCGAACAAAGAGAGCGAGAGUUCUGGAAGACAAGCUCAAGCGUGAGCGAGUCAGGAACCGUGCUUUGGUUGGCGUUACAGCUGCUUUUGCACUUGCUGCCUCGAUCCCCUACUUCUUUUAAAACCCAUGGCCUUUGGUCUGGUGUUGCGCCAAACGAGAGCAGAGUCUCCGUAACGAAACACCAGCAACACGUCUGUCCUGAUAUCAGCCCCAGUUGACAUGGCUUGCAGCUUGCCAAUGGGGCGUACCUCACCAUGUUUCUCGUCCUUUCUUCCCUGAUCAUACCCCUUUUUUCCUUUAAAUGCAUCUACCCUCCCCUCUAAACAGCUCCCUAUUUCGGUCAUACCCAAGGUUCAUCAAGCCCUGGGCGAAUCCUUUUGACAUAUCUCCCAAAUCGCAUUGCGAUCAAUAUAUUGCACGUGUGGUGAUUCUAUGUAUUGUAUUGACACCUUACCCCCUUUCUAAUAUCAUGCCC